AUGUCUCAAUCCAUCAAUGUAACUACGACUCAGGCCCAGUCCGGCAUCUCCCAAGACCUGCGGAACAACAUUUACUCGGCCCUUCUUUCUGGCGAUGGCAUCCGCAAUAUUGAAUCCACCCUAGACGAAUCCCUGCGGGCCUCUGGGUUCAAAGACGAUCUAAGAGCCUACAUUACCGAUCUGUUCCGCUCGGGCCAGGCUACUACCUGCGAGGAAGCCCGGAAUCUGGCGAUGCAGAAGAUCAGAGAGCAAACACGUGGUUUGGAGGAUCAAUCCAAUGGCGCAAACGGCACCAACGGAACGACGAAUGGGGAUGGAGAAAAUGGAGAGGAAGUCAACUUGAAGAUCCCUAAAUCGGCAAUCGACGCCGGUGCAAAGACAGUCAUGAAGGAGUUGGAGAAGGUGUGCGACAUCACAUACGAAGACGACAAGUGA